AUGGAAAAGUUUAGUAAUUUACAUGUUGGUACAAUAUUUUACAGAAAUGUAAAAUGCAUAUUAGAAUUAUUUGGUAUUCUUUUACAUUGUUUAAAUUUGAAAAAGAACUGUAAAGAAAAUAUGAAAAUAUCAAAUAAGAAAUAUUUUAUUUUCAAGAGUUUUGCUGUAUUUUUAUUUAUAUGCUUUUUGAAUAAUCUUAAAGAGUUUAAAACAGCAGAAUAUUUGAAUAGAAGAAAUAUUCAUAAUGGAGAAAUAGAAAUACAUAUACGUAGAUUAUUAUGCGAAGUGGAAACUUUAGAUGAUUAUAAUAAUACACCAGUUUAUGAAGAAUUAUCAGAAGAUAAUGAUUCGGAUGAAGAAGAAUAUGAAAAUGAUGAUGCACCAAUUUUUGAUGAUUACUAUACGAAAUUUUUUUGGAAUAUUAAUUAUCUUCCUGGUAAUAUUCAUAAAAAGAAAAAUUGUUUUCCUAAAUUACUUACAAGUCUUGAUAGAAGAAUUGAAUUAGAAAUUAUGAAUCUAAUGAAAACUAAAAAUGAAAGUAACUACUUUAUGUUAAAAUCAGAACCUAAAAUGAGAAAAAUUAAAAGAUAUUUCGAUAGGUAUAAAGUAUUAUUUCCUAUACUUAUAGGACUUAUUACUGCAAUAAUUAUUGUUUCUAAGGGAAGUGGUGUAUUGGCACUUAUACCUAUAAGUUUAAUUAUUGCGUAUAGUUUUUAUUUAAAGAAAAAAUACAAGAAAUGCAAAUAUAUUAGUGAUUCAUUUGCUGCCUAUAAAAUACCUGAAAAUUUUGUGUAA